CGAGUUCUGACCACCAGUGUGUAUCACCAUGGCUUCGAUGAUAAUAAUCUUGAUUUCGAUCACCUUAAUCGUCGCUUUCACCGGAGAGGCAUUCAACGUUGAUUCCGAUACGGAAUGGAAUAACGAUCACAUAAACAAAUUGUCAUUAACACUGUCCCGCAGUAAAUUCCAGACCAUGAUCGUUCCUGAAUACAACGGCCUAGACAUGUGGACGAUGUUGCAGUUACGGCCUAGACUUGAUCCAGUUGACUCUCCGCAAACUGUAUCGCCGACCGAGACUGACACCGCCAAGCCCCUUACCGGCCAGCAUGGUGCAAGUCUGAGGAAUCGACGACAAGCCAUUGAUAAAAUAAAAGGUGGAGAUGGUGGAUCCAGUUCAAUCUUGUCGCUCACUAGUUCUGGUUCACCGUCAAUAGUAAACGGUGAGGACUCAAACCCCAUGAGUGUAAAAAAUUUUAUACUCGGACGGAUGAAACUUGUGAAAAUGAAUCAGAUCCAGAAAUCUAAGUUCAGAAACAGACGUCGACGCUCGGCAUCAGAUAAAGAAAUAUCAUCAGAGAAGAAUAUCACAUCAACAGCAGACCCGAUGAUCGAUAGUAAUGGUCAUAAUAUGAGUGCUGUGAAAUGCUUAUUAUCUCUGUCGUUCCCUGUAUCCCUCCCAACAGAUUGUAUACAAUUUUAUUUUAGAUCUUUAUUU